AUGUGGCGUUUCCUUGGGCGAUCGCCGGAUCGAUUCUCCGUUCCUCACUUCAGAUUCCUAGCGAAUGAGCUGCGGAGGAUCAAUUAUGUGGACUUCCAAAAUAGGGAAGUCGUUGUAGAUUUGAUGCAGUCGAUUGUGGAGAUUGCAACCUACGGGGAUAAGCAUGAUCCAGCAAUUUUUGAAUGUUUCAUGGAAUCACAAAUUUUACCUGAGUUUGUUCGGAUAUUAAAGAUUCGUGGGAGUUCAAGCAUCGAGGCACCAUUACUUCAGUAUAUGAGCAUAAUGAUACAGAACAUCGAGAAUGAGCACGCGAUAUGCUACUUUUUGAGCAACGGCUACAUCAACAGCAUCAUAGUACAUGAGUUUGACUUUGAAGGGGGAGAUAUUGUUCCUUAUUAUGUAUCCUUCCUGAGAGCAGUGGGUGGAAAAUUAGAUGGAGCCACAGUCUGUCUUCUUGUGGACGUUGACAAGGGCACAGUGGUCUCAUUUCCUCUGUAUGAAGCUGCUCUUAAUUUUGUGCAUUAUGAGGAAAAGAUGAUUCAAAUAGCAGUUCGUGCAUUGAUCCUUAAAAUUUAUAAAGUGGCUGACGAGAUGAUCUUUCGGUUUAUUACAAGUCCCCCAGUUGCCAAUUACUUCGCUGGGUUGAUUAAAAAUAUAGAAAAUAAGUGCUUUCGGGUUGAGGCUCUAACCACUGGACUUGAGGACAAUUGCAGUGACAAGAAAAGAGAAGUUCUUCUGGAAACUGAUAGAAUUCUGGAUGAUUUUUACUAUCUGAAGGACAUGAUAAGCAUUCCUGAUCACUGUUUGAACAAACUCAUUGUAGAGAAUCUUGUUAACCUGUUGGUCUUGCCAAUGUUGCUUAGUUUAUUGAACGCUAGGCAAAGCACUGACAGAACUUUAUCCCCGAUCACUUGUCUCUGUAUGCUUUGCCGUCUUCUUCAAGUUCUGGAAGGGACAAAUUUGGUUAAUGUAAUUGGCAGUGCUAUACUAUGCUUUUGUAUGCCUAGACACAUUUCUGCUGAUCUUCAGCUUAAGGGUGCAGAAAUAGUCAGAAAUAAUUUUCUCAGACAUUCAUCAGUUUAUAUAGAUUUGAGGGCUGAUGAAUGGUUAAGCUGUUUACCCUUGGAGAAUAGUGAAAAUGAAUGUCGCAUCUUGGGCGAUAAUCACAGUACAAUGGUAGCAACCUUGUUGUUAUUGUUUAUUGUAGCUGAUAGUAAAGACCUUGAUCCUCAGUUGCGAGAAGUUAUGGGAUUCUCUGAAGUGAAGACUCCGGCAGAGUGCAAUCGAAGCAUUUUUGCAAGACAAGCGCGAAAGAUUGUGAAUCAACUACUGAAGGUUCUAGCUAGUAAUCCGCCAGGCUCAGUAGCUAUGUUGUUCCAGACUGCCUGGUUUUUGCGAAAGCUGUUGGUUUUUCUAGAUCAGAAGCUGGAUGAUCAUGAUUACCUCCUGUUCAAGACCUCAUGGGAGCUUUCUUGUGAACGUCUUUGUGGGGAACUUAAUCGGUGCUGGUUUGACUGUAUCCCUGACAGAUUAAAAAAUGAAUGGGAUAUCUGCACAGCAGUGCUUGAAGAAUCAUCACAUUCCAAAGAUCCAUUCUGUUUUCUAGAACUUGCAUCUGCUGAAGUUACUCCAAGAGGUCUAACAUGUCAACUUUACCCCUUAAUGUUUUUAUUCCUUGCUUGUUUUCUCCUCUGA